AUAGCGACGCUCUGUUUCGCCAGUAGUCCUCCAAGGAAAGAUGAAGCUGAAACGUUUUCUGCUCAGAUAUUACCCCCCAGGUAUUAUUUUGGAGUAUGAAAAAGGAGGUGAAUUAAAGACUAAAUCCAUAGAUCUUCUAGAUCUAUCUCAAGAAACAGACAUUUGUGCUUUAGUUGAAGAAAUUAAGAAGACGGAGCCACUCAUAACUCCUCCUAGGACAGAGCAGGUGAAGCAGCUGAUACAGAGACUGCAGGAAAAACUUGGACAGCAGGAUGAUCACAGAUUCUUCCUUUUUAAGGUUCUUCGAGCACAUAUUUUACCCCUGACAAAUGUUGCCUUUAACAAAUCAGGCUCAAGCUUCAUCACUGGUAGCUAUGACCGGACCUGUAAGAUAUGGGACACAGCAUCAGGAGAGGAGCUGCACAUGCUGGAAGGCCAUCGUAAUGUUGUCUACGCAAUUGCGUUCAACAAUCCAUACGGAGACAAAAUAGCUACUGGAUCAUUUGAUAAGACUUGCAAGCUGUGGAGUGCAGAAACUGGGAAAUGUUUCCACACCUUUCGAGGACAUACUGCAGAAAUUGUUUGUUUGUCUUUUAAUCCACAAAGCACAUUGGUGGCAACGGGUAGCAUGGACAACACAGCAAAGCUAUGGGAUAUCCAGACUGGUGAAGAGGCGGUAACCCUAACUGGCCACUCAGCAGAGAUCAUUUCGUUGUCAUUUAACACAACGGGAGAUAAAAUCAUCACAGGCUCCUUUGACCAUACUGUUUCAUUAUGGGAUGUUCAGUCUGGAAGGCGAGUCCACACAUUGAUAGGGCACAGGGGAGAGAUCAGCAGUGUGCAGUUUAACUGGGAUUGCUCACUCAUUGCCACGGGAUCAAUGGAUAAAACCUGCAUGCUCUGGGAUGCAAAUAAUGGAAAACGCUUAGCAACACUGACGGGGCAUGAAGAAGAAGUCCUGGACGUUUGCUUUGAUUACACUGGGCAGUUCAUUGCAACUGCAUCAGCAGAUGGUACAGCAAGAGUUUAUAAUGCUUCAUCUAAGAAGUGCAUCGCUAAACUGGAAGGUCAUGAGGGGGAAAUUUCAAAGAUCUGCUUCAGCCCACAGGGAAGUCGCAUUUUAACCGGAAGUGCUGAUAAAACUGCACGAAUAUGGGACCCGUACACUGGCCGCUGUCUCCAAGUACUUGAGGGACAUUUGGACGAGAUCUUCUCAUGUGCGUUUAACUACGAGGGCAACACCAUCAUAACAGGAAGUAAAGAUAACACUUGCAGAAUUUGGCGUUGAAACCAAAUGGCCACUGAGUUAUUUAAUAUGCCACCUUGGAAUUUGUAGUACCCAAAACAACACUCCAGAAGUUCAAGUUCUGCCGGUGAGACCACAAGAGGCACGUGCGCCCCUCAGCGUGUAGCUUGUCGCCACUGUCCGUCCUCUUCUUCAUUCCUUCUGAACAGAAGUCUGUUUCUGCUAAAGGUUGCCGAAGUUUAGCUUGCCAAGUCUGGCAUGAAAACGUAGUGUUUGAGCCGCUGUGUCCAUCCUUGUGCUAAAGUGAAGACUGACUUGAGUGCUUUUAUAAAGUGCCAGUAUAACACCCCGGUUCUUAUUACUUCUUAAUUUUUUCUUAUUAGAAAAAUAAACAUAAUUUUUUUCAUA